AUUUGUAUGUCAAUUAUCAAUUAACCCCUGUUAAUGAUGCCUUGUUGAUUAUUAAAAAGCUGUGGUUAGUACUGAUACUAUCGAUGUGCACUGUGGAGAGCGUUUAAAACAUGGCUACGGGCGGCGAAGAUCUAUGGCGCGAGUGCGCUUCUUGGUUGACGAGAUGUGGCUUGCUGCAUCCUGACCAUAAGGCAAAUUGGGAGAAGAGUACUAUCCAUGAUUUGGCAUAUACCCUAAGGGAUGGAGUGUUACUAUGCAACUUGCUGAACGUGCUUGAUCCUGGCUGCAUUGACAUGAAGGACGUGAACCAACGACCUCAAAUGGCACAGUUCCUGUGUAUGCGCAACAUUAAAGUGUUCCUGCGAACAUGUCAUGAGGUGUUUGAGCUUCGCGAGACUGAUCUAUUUGAUCCAUCCAUGCUGUUUGAUCUCUCCAACUUCCACAGAGUGUUGUGCACACUGGCCAAACUAAGCCAGUGUCAUAAAGCACUCAAUAGAAAUAUCAAGCCGUUCUCGGCACAGAGGACACAGUCAGAAGAAGACAUCUAUAAAGAUUUACAGUCUGUCGGCGGCAACGGCGCAGCCGACGUGGGUGAGUACGCGAGCUACUGCGCGCGCAUCCACGACGAGGAGAUCUACCACGACCUGUGUGCUGUCAAGUCAGCAAGAGAACCGCCCGUCUCACACCAUCCGCCCGCUUUCAACACACUCGCGACCUCGUCGCAUAGUCUAGAGAAAAGGGAUUAUGUUAUAAGGGAAUUAGUGGACACGGAAUGCAACUAUGUGGAUGUACUGAGCAAAAUUAUAAAGCACUUCUUAAGACCGCUCACACCGUAUUUGAAACCACAGGACUUGCAAUAUAUAUUCUUCGGCAUAAAGGAUCUACACGAUAUCCACUCCGGGCUGUUACGUCAGCUGAAGUUGGCGACGGAGGCGUGUGUCCCCGGCAGUGGCGCCCCGCGGCUGGCCGACGUUUUUCUGGCGUGGCGUGAACGGUUGCUGCUCUAUGGCGACUACUGCUCAAAUCUCACGCAGGCGCAAGAUACGCUCAAGACACUCGACGCGAGAGACAAUACGUUCAGCAAGCAAUUGGAAAAAUGUCAAAAGGAACACAGCGACGGGCGGAUACAGUUACGCGAUAUAUUAUCAGUGCCGAUGCAGCGAGUGCUCAAGUACCAUCUCCUUCUCGACAAAUUAGUGCACGAAACACAGCCGAAUCAUGAGGAAUUCCGGGGUCUGGAGCGCGCUAAGGAGGCAAUGGUGGACGUGGCACAAUACAUUUCUUUCAUACAUUUCAAAAAUUAUCUUUUAAUGUAGGUUGCAGAGCUACAGGAGAGUAUAAUUGAUUGGGAGGGUGGAGCUCUGGGUGCGGGUGGCGCCGGACUAGCGGCCUACGGUCGGUUGCUGCUUGAUGGAGAGCUCAAGGUGAAGGCCCACGAGGAUCAGAAGCUACGCUCCAGAUACGUGUUUGUCUUCGACAAGUUGAUGUUACUUUGCAAGCCGGUCAAGGAUAACCAGUACUCAUACCGCGUGGGUGUGCGACUAGCGGAGUACCGCGUGGAGGAAGCUUGCGGACGACGAAGCGGAGCACGCGCUGACGGCCGAUGGGCUGCACACUUCUAUCUCGUCCGCCGCACCAAAGACGCCACCUUCACGCUCUACGCGCGCUCCGAUGACUGCAAGCGCAAGUGGGUCAAGGCCAUCCGCGAUGCCAUAGACAAUUUAGAACCAUCCGGAUGUCGUAGUACCAAUCACAAAUUCGUGUUACACACGUUUGAAAAGCCGGCUACGUGUCAUCAUUGUUCAAAGUUUCUGAAGGGUAGAAUAUUUCAGGGCUACUUGUGUACGGUGUGUAACGCGUGCGCGCACAAGGACUGCAUAGCGUUAUCUGGGCGGUGCGGGGGCGCGGGCGGCGCGGGUAGUUUGGGUAGCGUGGGCGUGGUGGGCAGCGUGGGCAGCGUGGCCACCGUGGCGACGGCCGCAGCCCCCGACCAGGCGCUGCACUACUACAUGUGGUACGUGGGCGAGAUGGGACGAGAGACGGCGGCCGCCCGCCUCGAGCGCCGGCUGGACGGCACGUUUCUUCUACGUGUGCGGCCGUCACUCGCUCACCACGCUCACCACGCCCACCACCCCGACACCGACACGCACUACGCGCUCUCGCUCAAAACGGACAACACCGUUAAACACAUGCGCGUGUGCCGCAAACCUAUCGACCAGGUGCCGCACUAUUACCUCUCGGAGUCACGGUUCUUCCGCAGCAUCGUCGAGCUCGUCUCCUAUUAUGAGAAGACAAGCCUCUCAGAGAACUUCAUCGGGCUAAACUCGAACCUGCGCUGGCCGUUCCGGCGCGUGGUGGCGACCGUAAUCCACGAUUUCCGACCACUGGAGUCGUCCCAGCUGGCGCUGCGACCCGGCGCCAAGGUGCUCGUACUCAGCAAGGAGGGCGACAGCCGCGGCUGGUGGAAGGGCAGAACCCUCGACAAGGGAGACAAUCGUUCGGGAUACUUCCCGAAGGAGUGCGUGCGAGAGGAGCCGGAGUGUAUCGGCGCGCUGGACUGAUGUCAGCUGUGCCUCGCCGAGCGCGAGCUACACUUCGCCACGCCGCCGCAGUUGCCGCUGCAGCUGCCGCCCGCACCGUCCGCAGUGCCCGCAGCGCCACAAGACGACCACUCGCCCGGCGAUCUCGUCUAACACUGACAAUACUGAGUUUUCGGCUGUGCAACGUAAGUGCACGAGUGAUUUACUCGAAGAAAUCCUAUUCUUGAACGGUCGCUACGCAGUCGACGAUUUCAACGGUACGGUGAUUUUAUUGAGUUUCAUUUGAAACCGCUGACAAUACUGAGCUU